AUGGUUGUCCAUUGGCGUUUGCUUGAAUUAUGGAAUCGGAUUAAAGAUCUACAAGUUCAAUCAAACCCUUCAAAAUCAAUUACAUCGCAUAAAGUCCUGAUCGAUGAUAUCUUAACCAUUUCAGACGGCCUCAUCACUUACGCAGAUGAAAAAAUACUUUCAUAUCCUUACAAAGAAGUUCCUACUUAUUAUAGACAAUUAUAUACAGAUGCGAUCUUAAUCAAAACUACCACCAUAUGGGCCUAUCAUCAAACCCAACAAGACUCAUCAAAUCUCUCAUCUGCUUGCUCGGUUGAUUGGUCUGAAAUCAUUCGUAUGUUGGAUAUGGCUCUUAUAGUGGCAGGUGCACCAGGAAAAGGAAGAAGAGAAACUCUUUUCUUCUUAAUUCAGUCUAUACAAAAUACUUAUCUUGCGGACCUCAAAGUUUCGUCUUCUGAUGAAGAAGUUUAUCCACCACACAAGAAGAUCCGAAUAGAAAAUCCUUCAUCACUCGUAAACACUCAAUCAGAUCAACUCCCAAGUCUUAAAGCCCAUCCCACAACCUCUGAUCUUCGAAUUCAUCAACAAAUUCCUACGUACAACAUACCUCCUACACCCAAUGAAUUUGUUAACAAGUUAUAUCAAUGCCCAUUUGUGAUUAAAGGGUAUUGUUCAAAUUGGAAUUCCUUAAAAUCAAAUCCUUGGCGAGAAGUUUCAUAUCUUAAAAAAGUUUCUGGACCUUUUCGUGUAGUACCAGUUGAAGUUGGAGGAAAAUAUACUGAUGAAAAAUGGGGACAAAGAAUUAUAUCUUGGUAUGAGUUUUUAGAUUCGAUCAAGUUACAAACUUUAAAUCCUAUUUCAAACUUUGCUUCAAACUCAUCAGAUCAGGAAGUCUUGUAUUUGGCUCAAUACGAUCUUUUUCAACAAUUUCCUACACUUCGUCAUGAUAUCUCGAUCCCUGAGUAUGUUGAUUGCGAAAUUCCUGAAAUUCAUGGUCAGCCUCGUUUGAGACCAUCUGCCGAGGACGGGCUGAUCUUGAACGCUUGGCUUGGUCCUGGUGGUACAGUGAGUCCAGCACAUGUGGACCCAUACUAUAAUUGCUAUGCUCAAAUCGUAGGCCAAAAAUUUGUUUGGGUAGCCUCACCAAAAUUCCAGUCAGAGAUGUAUCCAUUCGGAUCUUCAUCUGUCUUAGCCGGCGAAUCUACUCCGAAUCUCAAACCAUCAGAUCAAGAAAAACAAGACGAAUGUUUACAAACUAGUUUUAUGAAGAAUACAACUCAGGUGGAUGUCUUGAUGUCUUGUGAUCCAAAGCAUGAUCAAUUAGAUUCAAUUAAAGAAAGGUUUCCUGAUUUUGUUGACAAAGUGAUGCCUGAAGCUAUGCAAAUUGUUUUGGAAGAAGGUGAUUUGAUGGUCAUGCCACCAGGAUGGUGGCAUAGUAUGAAAAGCUUGAGUCCAUCAAUCAGUGUAUCCAUCUGGUUUUAAUUAUCCUUAAUACUAUCUAUAGUACCAGGAUGAUAAAACUUUAGAAACUCAUGUUAGAAACCUAUCAAUUGUUGAUGGUUGUAAUCAUAAACAGCUUUCCAAAGAAGACUGCAAACAGCUUUGAAGGCUGAGUAAAUUGAAUAACAGAAUGACUCUUGUGUU